AUCCAGUAAGUUAUUAUUCUCUUCACACAAUCUUACACACUUUAUGCUAUAAAAUAUAUCCACCUCAAUCAUAGUAUGUUGCUGCUGCUGACUAUCAAUCAGUCAAUAGUUUGUACAUAGUCUUUAGACCUUUGUUCUUGUUUCCACAGGGGCAAGAAUCAAAUUUGUACUUUGGCGGGCAACAACAAGAUGAAAUGCCUAAUUUACAGUUCUACCGUGGACAAAUACCCUCCUCCCCUGAUGGUGUCUUCAUUGAGGAUUUUCACAAUAAAUAGCACAGGAAAUAUUCAAAACUGGAAGAAGUUCACUCAUACAUCCAAUGGUUGUUCCCACUUCAAGAACCAGGAAUAAAUUAUCAACCCAAGGAACUCACCAAGAAGGAAAUUGAGACUUUACUUGAAGAUGGCACAGCAAAGCAGAGGCUGGUUGCAUCCUACAAGCUCAUGCUGGACUUCUACGGCAUAGAGCUGUCAAAUGACAUUACAGGGGAAGUGAAACUUGUGAAUAACUGGCGUGAGAGAUUUGACAACCUGGAAAGAAACACACACAACAACCUGCGCAUCACCCGCAUCCUGAAGUGCCUGGGCACUCUGGGGUUCACCCACUACCAGGCCCCACUGGUCCGCUUCUUCCUAGAGCAGACUCUUGUCAAGGACAAGCUGUACAAUGUCAAGGAAAGUGCCCUCAACUACUUCAUCUUCGCUGUCAUUGAUAAGCAAGAGCGCAGGAAUUUAGUUAAGUAUGCCUAUGCACACUAUGAGCCCAAACAUGAGUUUGUGUGGUGCCCCAAGACAAUCCAGAGUAUAUUCGGGGGAGAGACAUUCCCAGAUGAUAAUAACCCAAUUGAUCUGAAACACGAUGACAUUGACGACAACACUGCCAGUUAUCAGUCUGUCUCUCACAAUGUUAACAAGAAUGAGCCAAUGGAUAGGAGUGGAAUGGCAGGUGAGGUUAGUGACGUAAUGUGAUUAGGGUCGCCAAACGAUGCAUGGUUGAGACAUGUAGUGAACAAGCACCAAACCAGCUUGCGUGAGGGCAGAGUUGGAUGGUGAGCUGUGCAUUGCAUGACGUGCAAUUUUGUGCUGUUUCUAUCAGAAUAAAGCUCCAUGACUGGUGCUACAAGUUGGA